AUGUCGCGGGCGCUGCAAGUGGCACACACGUGGGGGCAGGCAUUCGGCGACCUCGACCCCGCGCCAGUGGAUGAGUUGGCGCUGCUGCUGCAGACGCGCGACGCGCCGGAGGACGCAGGGGAUCUGCUGCAGUGGAUGCUGCCGCUGUUCGCCUGCCUUGAAAGCCCUGAUGGGAAGGCACGUGCAGAGGAACUUGUGCCGCGGCUGGCGGAGGCCCUGGGGCGGCUGCCCUCUGUCUGGUCGGCGCCGCAUGAGAGCUACCUCCGAGUUCAGGCGGACGCGGCGCAGCUCAUGGCCUCGGCGCAAAGGUUGAUCUGCUUGCCGACCGGGCUGCCGCCGGUGCCGCGGGAGCAGCUCAGCCGCGCGCUGCGCGGCGCGGUCGGCGCGCUGCUCGCGCAGGCGCUGAGUCAGCAGGAGGCGCUGCGGCGCGGCGAGUCAGGCGCCGCGUGGGCCAGGAGCGGCUGCAACCUGCUCCUGCGGGCGCUCACACGAGAGGGCCCGUUCGCGUCGGGCGCGCCGCUGCCGCUGCUGCCUGAAGACGCCGCGGCGCUUCUGCAGGCGCUCCGGCCCGCUGCGGCAGCUGCGGAUGGCGGCGGCCCCCUCGCCAACGGGGGCGGCCCCGCAGUGGCGAACGGCGGGUCGGGCCCGGCAGCUUCCGUGCGGCUGCCCGAGCUGCUGACAGACGACAAGAUCUACAUCCUUAUAUCCAACCUGGCGGCGACGGCGGCGGCGGUGCCGGCGCUCGCGGGCGGCGCGGCGCUGGUGCGGCUGCUGGUCUGGAGCAGCCGCGCGGUCAAGCAGGCACUGCGGCUGCUGGCGCCGCCGAGCGGGCACGAGGGCGCCCCCGCGCCCCCCUUGGAAGCUACCUGCGGCGCCGCUGACCUGGCGAAUGUCUGCGCAGCCCUGCUGCUAGGCGCCAGCGGCGGGGGCGGCGGCGCGGGGGUGGUGACCGGGGAGGUGCCGGUGGAAGUUCUGCGGCAGGUGGAGGAUCUGAUUGAUCUGGCGCUGUCAUUAGCCGAGACCGCUGUGGCGGCCGCGGCGCAGGCCCCGGCAGACCCCAGCAGCGCGAGAGCGCUCUGCCUGGCAGCCCGCGUCCUCGCCGGCGGCGCCGCCCUCGUCGCCGCGCCCGCAAGCGGCGGCAGCAGGAGUGCUGAUAUCAGCGCUGAUGUCAUCUCGAGGCUGCACGACCUUCUGCUGGAAACAGCCCGCCUGACGGCGGCGCCGGACGCGCCGAGCGCCGGCGUUGGCAAUGGGCACGCAGCGGCGGGGCCGGGGCCAGGGGCACCGGUGGGGGAGCUGCCGGGGGGGGUGGCAGCUGAGCUGGCGAGCCCUCUGAGCUGGGAUGUGACGCGGCCGCUGACGCGGCUGUCGGAUGGCACGCAGCUGCGCCACCUACCGCUGGCGGCCGGCAUGGGGGCGCAGCGGCUGCUGCGCGCGGCGGCGGAGGCGCUGGUCGAGGCGCUGGCGGCGGCCUGGGGCGCGGGGGCGCGUUCGGGCGUCAACAUACUGCUGCUGCCGCGCCCCAGCUCGGCGGCGGGGUGGCACGAGCAGAUGGUGGGUCUUGGGGAAGCGUGGGAGUAUGAAUUCAUUCAGCUGCGGGGCCGUCGCAUGGCGACUUGGACCCAACUGGGCAGGCAAGGCGGCAUCGAUUAG